UCAAAUGUCAAUUUGACAAGUUCUUUCAGUCGUGUUUGACAGCCGGCCGUAUCAUUCUUCAUCAUGCCCCGUGAAAUAAAAGACAUUAAAGACUUCCUGCUCAAAGCCCGCAGGAAGGACGCUAAAUCGGUUAAAAUAAAGAAGAACCCAGAGAAUGUCAAAUUCAAGGUCCGCUGCUCCCGUUUCCUGUACACACUCGUGAUCACCGACAAGGAGAAGGCAGAGAAGCUUAAGCAAAGCUUACCUCCAGGUCUCCAAGUUAAAGAGGUUAAGUGAUGUGACUUAGUUUAAAAUAUAAAACCAUAAAAACCA